AUGAGUAUCCGACAGAAAGUGCGCCGGGUGUUCAGCCGCUCUUUCAGCGGCUCUAAACACAAGGACACCGGUAUCAAGAUUGAAUAUUACAGACGACAUGAGGUCCCCCCCUCGAAAUUCAAGGGUCCGUUUGACCGCGAACACCAAAAGUCUCUGGCCGCCUGGUCCUUCGGGGAUGCCCAGGCCGGUCGUCCGCGCUCGAUGGAUCUGUCUCUCUCGCCGUGUGCGUCGGUCCCCGACCAUCUGCGCCACGACUACGACGAUGAGGAAGUGGCGCCAGAUCAGAUGCAGCCGAUUGCUCCCGAAGACCGUUUACCUGAGUCUGACUCCAUGCCCAUUAUGUACCCUCGCGACUAUACCUCGGAGCGCCACACCCACGGUUCGUCGUCUUCCACCGCCGUCGACCCGGAUAGCUACAGCAGCUCGAUGAAGACGCUCUUGGACGUCAACCUCAUGCCGGACGACUCCGCCGCCCCGUUCCACAAGGAAUCGGUCCGGCAUACCUCGCCCGUCUAUCGUCCCAUCUCACCGCCGCCCAUGGCCAAGGGGACGUACAUGCCUUUCUCCCCCGACGAUCUGUCACGGGCGUUGAACGCCGUGCAGAUAUGUACCUGA